AUGACCAAUAAUCGUUUAAAGAAUAGAAAAAAACCAAAUCAAAUACACACAAUUUCAGAAGAGGAGGAAGAAGAAGAGCCUUUGUUUAAUAAUGAGGAUUUACAAACCCAACAUUUAAAUUCUCCAUCUUCAGAUUCAAUAAGUACUAGCAGUAGUAGUAGUUUAAGUAGUGUUGGUGGUAGUGUAGUAGGCAAUAAUAAUUCCAAUAGUAAUGGUAUAGAUAAUAAUAAUAGUAAUAAUAAUAAUAAUAAUAAUAAUAACAACAAUAAUAAUAAUAAUAAUAAUAAUAGUAAUAAUAAUAACAAUUAUACUGGUAAUUCUAUUGGUGGAAAUGAUUUUAAAAAUAAAGCAUCAUCAUCGUCAUCAACACCAACAACAUCAACAGGCAUUGGUUCUUCAAAAUUUCCAAAUAUAAAAAGAAAGAAUAGUUUCUCAAAUAGAUAUGAUAGUGGUGGUGGUGGUAGUGGUAGUAGUAGAAGUAAUAGUUUUGGAGGUAGUAAUAGUAGUGGAGGAGCUUCAAAAGAAUUCUUUUAUUUUGAUAAUGAUGAUAUGAUUCAAGAUGAUGAUUUAAUACCAAUGUUAAUGCAAGAUCAAGAACACCAAUUACAAACUCAAUAUCAAAAUCAACAACAAGUUCAACAACAACAAAAUAUAAUAAAUAGUUUUAUAAAUCAUGAAAAUUUAAAAUUUCCAUUCUCUAUAAUUUAUACAAAUAAACUUCAUAUUUGGUUAAGUUAUUUUUUAUUUACAUUUGUUUUAAUAUUUUGUUGUUUAGCAGUUGGACCAUUAUUAUGGAUUGAAUUACCACCAAAUUCAGGAUGUAUGUGGUGUAGAAUAUUUAAAUUAGAAUGGGUUAUAUCAUUUAUGUCAUUGAUAUCAGCAAUGUUUCAUUAUACAAUUAGAAGAGAUAUGUUUCCACUAUACCUUUCAAUCAUUGGAUUUUAUCAUGUUUUAACAUAUAGCGAACCAUUUUUAGAACCAUUUCGAGUAAAUAAUUUUUUCUCUUUAAUUUUAACUGUAAUUUGUAUAUUCAUAGCAUUUUAUCCAAAAAAUAAAUUAAGAAGACAACAAGCUUCAAAUCAUCAUCAACAACAACAGCAGCAACAACAACAACAAAGACAAAGACAACAAAAUAAUAAUCGACAGCCUGAAAAAUCAAUAAUUAAAAGAAUUAUACAAAAUGAAUGGUUUCAUUCAUUAAUUCAAAUUUUAAUAGUUUUAGGUAUAGUUGUAUUAUUAUUUUUUUCAAUAUUUAUUUUAGCAUUAUUUAUGAAGGAUGAUAAAACAUUUAGUGGUGAUGUAAUUGAUGGUAAUAUUAAUAGUAAUAAUAAUAAUAAUAAUAAUAAUAAUAAUAAUAUAAAUAAUAAUAAUAUUGAUAAUAAUAAUAAUAAUAUAAAAAAUAAUAAUAAAGGAUUUAUUGAAGAAAUUGAACAAGGUGAAGAACAAUUAGAAUUAUAUUUAGAGAAUGCAUAUCAUAUAUUUAAAGAAUUAGUAUUUAAAAAGUUUAUAAGUUCAUCAGUUGUUUAUUUAAUAUUGAUAACAUUAUUAUUUUGUAUUUCAUUAGUUUAUCAUUGGGAAGUUAGAAAACCAUAUACAUUAAUGGCAUUGGCAUCAAUGAUACCACAAUUAACUCAAGCAUUGUAUAAAGUUGAAUUAACAUUAACUGGUGUAAUGGAUAAGGGUACGAUGUCACAUAAUGUUACACCAUUGGGUGGUGGUAUAUUCUAUAUAUUGAAUGUAAUUAGUUAUACGUCAUUCUAUUGUGGAUUGGCGAUUGAUGUGGUGGUUGCAAGUGGUGAAAAGUAUAAAAGAUUAAAAAAACGUGGUGAAAAGUAUCAUAGAAGAUUAUCAACUCAAAUCAAUGAACAGAAUGCAUUUGUAAAUAAGAUCUAUGCGAGUGGAACAGCUCAGUUAUUACAAAAAGUUGAAUUUAUGCAAAAGUUUGUAGAUAAAAUACUUUUUUCAACCUUGGAGAUUUCAAAUAGACUUCAACGAUUGGAAUCGUCUGAUCAAGAUAUUCCAUCAUCAUUGGUGGAUCAAUUAAAUGAUAUUCAAUAUCAAACCAAUAGAUCAUUAUUACUAUUGAAUGAUACAAAGUUAAUAUUGGCAAUUGAAAGUGGUGUAAUCUCAAGAGAGGACGUAUCGGUUAAUUUAUUUGAUUUCUUGGAGGAUGUUUUAGAACGUACAAGUAAAGAUAUUAAAUUUAAUAAUAUUGAAUUGGUUUAUAAAAUUGAUAAAGAUGUACCAUUAAAUAUUAUUUUAGAUCCAACGGCAUUAACUCAAAUUUGUUUUCAAUUACUUUCAAAUGCUAUAAAAUAUACUGAAGAAGGUGAAAUUGGUAUUUUAAUUAAAAGAAUUUUAAGAAAUGAUUAUGAAUAUCAACAAGAACAACAACAACCACAACAGGAUAAUGAAUUACCACCAUUUGGUACAAUUUCAGAAGAAGAUGAAGAAUAUAAUUCAAAUAAUCCACCACCACCAUUAAAUCAACAACAACAACAACGACAACAACAACAACAACAAGAACCAAAACAAAUUUAUUUAGAAAUUUCAAUAUUUGAUUCUGGACCUGGUAUGGAUGAUGAUGAAUUAGAUAUUUGUAAUCAAUUUCAACCAUUUCCAGAUAUUGGUGAUGAAGAUGAUAUAGAGAUUAAAAAGAAAGGUUCAGGUUUAGGUUUAUUAAUUUGUAAUAAAGUUUUAAAAUCAAUUGGUGGAGAUUUAAUUGUAGAGAGAUAUUUAGAGACUGGUGGUUGUAUAUUUAAAUGUUGUAUACCAGUUUUAGUUGAUCCACAACCAAAAGAGAAUUUUACAUUUCAAAUACCAUUAUCACAAGAAACCAAUGAACUUUUAUCAGAUUUAUCAGUGUUGGUCAUUGAUGAUAAUCCAUAUGCUAGAGAUUCAGUUGGUUUUAUAUUUAGUUCAGUUUUUAAUUCUGCAAUUGUAAAAAGUGCAAAUAGUAGUGUUGAGGGAGUUAGAGAUUUAAAGUAUGCAAUUGCAACCGAUUCAAAUUUUAAAUUAUUAUUAGUAGAUUAUCAUAUGCCAGGUUGUGAUGGUAUAGAAGCGAUUCAAAUGAUUGUUGAUAAUCCAGCAUUUUCAGAUAUUAAAAUCAUCUUAAUGAUUUUACCAUCAGAUUCAUUCGCACAUAUGAAUGAAAAAACUAAAAAUAUUACAACCCUAAUUAAACCUGUAACACCAACCAAUUUAUUUAAUGCAAUUUCGAAAACAUUUAAAUUAAAAGAAUUUUCAUCAGUUGUUGAUUUAGUUGAUUUAAAUGCACCAGAUACAUCAACUCAAAUACCAUUAAAAAGAAAUAGAUUAAAGUUUAAAAUUGAUUUUCCAUUUAGAUUACCUGAAACUGGUAAACCAAUUAUGAGAGUUUUAAUUGGUGAAUCUGAUAAAUCAACUCAAUCAAAAAUUCAAAAAGUUAUUGAAAGUUUUGGUUAUUUUUCAACUUUUGUAACUGAUGGUACAGCUUUAAUAUCUCUCUCAAAAAAGAAUUAUUAUGAUUUAGUUAUCGUUGAUUUAGAAUUACAAUCAACUGAUGGAUUUGAAUGUGCUCAAAUUAUACGUGAUACUCAUGGUGAAAUAUUUUCAAAUACAAUUUUUGUACCAAAACCAAUUUCAACAAAUUCAAAUGAUGAUAAUAAUAAUAAUAAUAAUAAUAAUAAUAAUAAUAAUAACAAUGAUAAUAAUAAUAAUAAUAAUAAUAAUAAUAAUAAUAAUAAUAAUAAUAAUAAUAAUAAUAAUAAUAAUAAUAAUAAUAAUAAUAAUAGUAUUCUAACAUCAUCAGUUGAUACUGAUGGUAAUCAUAUUGUAUCGUCAUCAACAUCAACAUCAUCAUCAUUCCCAACAAGAAGAUCAUCGAUAGGAUCAUUUCAAACUGCAUCACCAUCAAUGACAGAAAUUUCACAUAGACGUAGAGUUAAAUUACCAAUUAUUGGUAUUUGGCAUCAUAGUGAUAUAAUACCAGAUGAUAUUAUUAAAAAGAUAAAAAGAGUUGGUUUCGAUGGUUAUUGUUCAUUCGAUAAUUUAGAAUUUUAUUUACAAGAAUUUUUAUUAGAAUUUGAUAGAAAAAGAAAAUCAAAUAUACUUUCACCAAUUCGUUUAUUUCCAAAUGGUAGUCCAAGUACAAAUAUUUAUGAUUAUUCUUCAAUUAUUUCAAAUUUAAAUCAAGCUAGUGGUAAUAAUAAUAAUUCAUCACCAAUUAGUGGUAUUUUAAAUGAAAAUGUAAUUUCUUCACCAAUUUCAUUAGAUUUAGAUUUAAAUUCAGUAUCAUCAAUUCAAUCACAAUCAUCAUCAUCAUCAUCAUCAUUUCAACAUAAUAAUCAACAACAACAACAACAACAACAUCAACAUCAAUUAACACCAACACAACAAUCUAUUGGUGGAGGUAAUAAUGGUAUUAAUCAAUUAUCAUUUUCAUCACAACAAUCAACACCAAUUUUUAAUCAAUCACAAAUACAACAUCAAAUUAUUAGUAAUAGAAGUAAACAUUCCUCAUUAUCAUCAUCAACAUCAUCAAAUGGUAGUGGUGGUAGUGGUGGUAAAAGUAGAUUUAGUAUACCAAUGUUACCAAGUAGUACAAAUCGUGAUUCAUCACCACAUUCUUCAAGUAAAAUGGCAUUGAAAAGAGUUCAAGAUUUAGAAUCUGUAAUUAGUAAAUUUGUACCAAUUGAGUUUCAACAACUUAUUGCUCCAUCUGGUAUGGAAAAUGUGUAUUUAGGUGAUGCAAUUUGUAAGAGUAUUACAAUCUUUUUCUCUGAUAUUAGAGAUUUCACUUCAACCACUGAGAAAAUGUUGGUUGAUGAUGUCAUUGACUUUUUAAAUACUUAUUUAGCAUUUGCAUUACCAUCGAUUACAGAUUCCGGUGGAUUCAUUGAUAAGUUUAUUGGUGAUGCAAUUAUGGCGAUUUUCCCAAACUCUGAUAUGAAACUUCAAGCAAUCAAUGCAGUGAAAGCAGCAAUUCGUAUGAUGAGAUCAUUGGAUUUCAUGAGUAUAUCUGGUUUUAGAUUUUCAUCAGUUGAAACUGGUGUUGGUAUUAAUACGGGUAAAACUAUUAUUGGUAUCGUUGGUACAGAGAAUAGAAUGGAACCAACUGCAUUGGGUGACGCUGUUAAUUUAGCCUCAAGAACUGAACAACUUUGUAAAGAAUAUCAAUCUCGUAUAUUAAUCACUCAAUUCACUAUGGAAGCCAUUGGUACUUCAAUCGAUGAAUUUGUAAUUCGUUUAGUCGAUAGUGUAACCGUUAAAGGAAAGAGUGAAGCUGUCAAUAUCUAUGAAGUUAUCGAUGGUGAACGUGAAGAUAAAAGAGUUUUGAAAAUGAAAAUUUUACCUUGGUAUCAAAAUGGUAUGGAUCUUUAUAAAAGACAUUGCUACGAGGAAGCUUUAUCUUAUUUUCAAUUAUGUACUGAAAUUAUGCCAAAUGAUAAACCAACCUUAAUCUAUAUUCAAAGAUGUAUUCAAAAUAUUAAAACUUUAGAAUUACAACAAAUUCAAUUACAACAACUACAAAGACAACAAUUAUUACAACAACAACAACAACAAUUAUUAUUACAACAACAAUUACAACAACAACAACAACAACAACAACAACAACAACAACAACAACAACAACAACAACAACAACAACAACAACAACAACAACAACAACAACAACAACAACAACAACAACAACAACAACAACAACAACAACAACAACAGUCACAAAAUAUACAACAACCACAAUCACAACAAUCACAAUAUGUACAACAACCACAACAACAACAACAGCAACAGCAACAACAGCAACAACAACAACAACAACAACAGCAACAACAACAACAACAACAACAACAACAACAACAACAACAGCAACAACAACCACAACAGCAACAACAACUACAACAACAGCAACAACAUCAACAACAAAAACAACCAUCCCCUCAACAACAACAACAACCACAACAACCACAACAACAACAGCAGCAACAGAUACAAAAUCAAUACCAACAUCAAUUACAAUAUCAGAGACAACAACAACAACAACAACAACAACAACAACAACAACAACAACAACAACAACAACAACAACAACAACAACAACAACAACAACAACAACAACAACAACAACAACAACAACAACAACAACAACAACAACAUCACCAUCAUCAUCACCAACAACAACAGUUUCAACAACAAUCACAACAAUCACAACAACAAUCACAACAACAACAACAACAACAACAACAACAAUCACAACAACAAUCACAACAACAAUCACAACAAAUACAAAAAAAAUCACAACAUCCACAUUCACAACAAAUUCAAUCUCAAAGGCAUCAAUCACAACCUCAAAAUGUAGAUACAAAUGUUAAAACUAAACCACAACAAUAA